AUGCCUGUUUCUCGCCCUGCCGCGAAUAUUGUACCGCCUGAAAUUUUGCUGCAGAUAUUCUUCAUGUUGGCCCCUCGUGAUUUUGAUAAUGCUCGACGGACGUGCUCCCAAUGGAUGAAAGUGAGCCUGAAUGAGCGACUUCUGAAAAGUAUGCUCAAACGAGCGGGCUGGUGGAAUUCCUGGCAGCGGGACUGCCUGAUACAACAUCGGAAUUUAGAACACCGCAAAGAGAGCACUGUGUGGAAGAUGAGCCGGCGUUUCGCCACAGAAUGCGUCCUUUCCGGUCGAAAGUUGAACGUGGAGAGGGAUGGCUUCUUAACAACCGCGGUCGUUGACUUUUCGAAACUAUCCCGAAGGCGCGAUUCCACACCGGCGUCAUACUCGUUUUCCACGAAUUUCAGUGUCAACCAGAAUGGUACCGCAGCUGUGUCCAAGUUCCGUGUUAGUGAUUGCGGCAAUUAUUUACUAAUAAUUAGUGGAUGCAAAAUCUACGUUUAUCGUCUGCUUGGCCGGAACCAUGAGAGUUCCUUCCCUUCGUCUGUGAAUAAAAACGCGGAUGUUGCCCCGAUUACAACCAUUACUUGUCCCGCCGAAGUGAUGUCCGCCACGAUUGAUACUAGUACUCCCAGAUUCGUGAUUGCGGCGCUAUUCCGUAACUGUUCAGGGUUGAUGUGCGACUUGGUACCUUCUAACGCUGCUCGACCAAAUCUCUUCCAAUCCGCUGGUUUCACCUCUGGCAUAAUAGACGGCUCUAUACAACCCAUGGAAAUUAGUUCCCUUAAUUACUAUGAAGACGUAUGUUCUCCAGAAGACCCACCGCGCAGUGUGUCUGUCUGUCCCGGACGUCAGUGCGUGGCAUUCGGCUCUGGUUCUUGUAUUGAGCUGCGUUGGAUUGAUGAAAGGACAAAACAAGAUUGUCAAAAACGUCUUGCUAUGUCGCAGCCAUCGGAAAUCCUGCACUUUCUGCCUCGUCGAUCAGAGACGCCUACAGAGCUGCGGCUCAUCUCAUCCCUUGCUGGUCCGGGAUUACCCAGUUGUAAAUGUCACAAUGCACGAUCUGGUGAACAACGGCCAACUUGCCCUUUUCAUAUUUUGGUCGAUAUCCAAUCUUUCGCUCAGUGGAGUUCCGGAGAAACUAGCAAUCUCGGAUUAGUGAGGGCGACCCAUUGCCACCACUACCGAGCUGUUCCUAUCAAGGAUGGUUUACAUUUCCUGUUCAUCGAACCGCGCACUAGUCUGCUUUGUAUAGGUUCCGAUGCUCCUUUCGGUGGUCCUACCAGUCUGACGAGAGCUCUUAUUUGUAUCCCGCCAUUUGGAAAAAGCCCGUCAGGAGCUGCAAAAGAGGGACUAGCCCCUACGGUCUUUGCAGCCGGUUCGGACUUGAACUGGGGCCUGCGGGUGGUAGCCGCCUAUGGAGACCGGAUUGUCUUAUACUCUGUCCCGCUGGAUGUCUUCAAUGUGAUUCGAAGGGAACGUGAAAGGCAAGGAGAGAAUGUCAUGGGCGAUAGUGAUCUAGCACGAGAUUGGUUUCUCGACAGCGAAAGGUCACGAAAGGGUCGUGGAAGUCUCGCACCGAACCAAAACGGCGACUGGGACUUCCUCCUUAGUGUGAGCUACAGACCAACAGCCAUGAUGUGGCCAUUCAAAAUCUACGGAAAGGAAAUUGGGCGGGUGAAAAACGUGGUUGAGCUGUCCUUGCAAGCUGCCCACGGCGGCGCUCGAAUUUGGACGUUUGGUGCAUCGGGUCAAACGAACAUCUUUGACGUAGACACUUUCACGUCUAGCACCCAGCAAGCCGCCGAUAUUCCUUACAAGUCGUAUUGUAUUGAAGCUGAUGGCAGCGUCGCUUCAGCUGAGAUGCUCAAGCGGAGCGAUACCAGCUUGUCAUCUCCAUUGUCGUCGCGCAAACGAAAGCACAUCGAGACACUAGAAGAUUUCGGUGGACAAAAGUCUACCGCUUACCGACCUCACGAUACGAUGUUCGAUGGAGGUAAUCCAUCGAAUUUACAGAACAUCCACCAAACUACAACUACCAAUGCAGCUACCAAACGGCGAAUAUCUUUCGCUGCGCACAUUGUCGACUUCAGUAUCCCAGAGUCAGCCGACAGAUCAGUGGAGAGCGAAUGUGCGUAUGCUUAA